AUGGAUGUGCAUAAUGCAUAUCUCAAUGGGGAUCUUGAUGAGGAAAUAUAUAUGGACCUACCUCCAGGUUAUCAAAUCAAGGGGGAGACUCAUGGUGGAAAUGAGAAAUCAGAUUACUCUUUGUUUACAAGGUCAGAUAAAAAUGGUUUUGUUGCUCUAUUGGUUUAUGUAGAUGACAUACUCAUUGGAAGCUUGAAUCUAUUAACCAUUAAUGCUGUAAAGACAGAUUUCAAUUCACAGUUCAGAAUUAAAGAUUUGGGGCAAGUGAAAUAUUUCUUGGGGUUGGAAAUUGCAAAAUCAAGGUCUGGAAUAUAUAUAUGUCAGAGGAAGUACACUCUUGAAAUACUUGAGGAUUUAGGUCUCUUGGGAUGCAAACUUGUCCACACCCCCAUUGAGACUAAUCACAAGCUCAGUCACACUUCUACAAAUUUGUUGAAGGAUGCUACAAUUUAUAGAAGAUUAAUUGGACGCCUAAUCUACUUAACGAUUUCAAGACCAGAUAUUACCUAUGCUGUCCAUAUACUUAGUCAAUUUAUGGACAAACUAGCAGAGAUACAUUUGAAAGCUGCUCAUAGGGUUUUGAAGUAUUUGAAAGGAUCUAUAGGGCAAGGUAUAUUGUUCUCAGCUUUGUCAACUUUGCAUUUAAAGGCAUUUAGUGACUCGGAUUGGGCAGCUUAUCCAGAGACAAGAAGAUCAAUCAUAGGGUAUUGCAUAUUUAUUGGGGACUUUAUGAUUAGUUGGAGAUCUAAAAAGCAAGCUAUAAUUUCUAGAAGUUCUGCUGAAGCAGAAUACAGGGCCUUAGCCCACACGAGUUGUGAAAUCACUUGGAUCAUUUCCCUUUUGAAAGAUUUCCAGAUUGAUCACACUAAGGCUGCAACAUUAUACUGUGAUAGUCAAUCUGCUCUACACCUCAUAAAAAACCCAGUUUUUCAUGAAAGGACCAAACACAUAGAGAUAGAUUAUCAUUUCAUUUGGGAGAAGGUUUCAGCAGGAAUGAUCAUACCAGUUCACCUUCCUUCCAAAUUUCAGUUAGCUUGCAUUUUCACCAAGGCCUUGCUUACUGCUACACUACAUUUCUUACUAUCCAAUAUGGACAUUCUUAACAUCUAUGCCCAUCUUGAGGGGGAGUAUCAAACUUCAUCAAAAGGAUCAGAGGGAUGCACUAGUUCUACCUUCAGUCCCACCAUAGAAAAUUGCUUAGCAUGGUAG